AUGUCCUCUUUCCCUCAAGAUAAGGGGGGCGACCAAGCUCUAAAUUCGCCACGUGAUGUAGGUCAGGUCUUCCAAACGUCCCAGCCAGUGAAAGGAGACCAAGAUGGGGACUCUAUGUUCAUCAAUGUUACCGAAUCCCCGUCGCUCGACAAAGCAUCACGUACCAAGGUCAGAGUUCAGGUCAUGCGAGACUUUCACCAACGCCGAAUACAAAAAACAACCGGGAAGACGAAGUCUCAAAAUGAUGGACAUGAUCCAACGAAAGUCGAUAUGAAAGGUCAGACUCAAAAGUUCCGACUUGGCAAGGGGGUCCUUAAGCGAUGGGUACCCGUAAAAUCCAAAGCUGGAAGACAAAAGAGAGCACCAGAGGCGCAGAAAGACAAGCCCGAGCGAGAGUUCGAACCCAGCGUGGAAACCUCCUAUGCAAAUGCCGAAUUCAACGAGAACAUGCUUGAAGACGAAGAUCUGCUUCACCCUUCUUCAAUCUGGGAAACUGCUAGACUGUAUCAAGCUCCAUCCAAUGGGAUGCUGGAUCCAUUUUCGGCUAUGGCUGUUCUUAUCACUCCUCGUACACAGCUUCUCCUGCAUCACUAUUUUAGCGAUAGUUUGCUCUCAUCCUGGCUCAUGAUGCCAAUGAGGAGGACUCUACUCUCACUCGCGGUGCAUGAUACUGCUAUGUUUCACUCAUUCCUGUGCCACUAUGCCACGAAGUUCAAUGUUCAAUUCAGGACCAACAAUUCAACAGAAAGCAUGUAUCAUGCUACUACGACUGCUUCAUUAAUCAAUGAAAAGCUCUCGGACUCAUCUCAAGCACUGACGGAUGAAACUAUUGGCACGGUUGCAAACAUGGCUGCAUAUGAGUCUUCGAACGGCUCUAUGUCUAGCAUGGUUAUUCAUAUGGAUGGAUUGGAGAAGAUGGUAAAUCUUCGUGGUGGUCUUCAUGAGGGAGGAUUUUCUAUGAUUAUACAACGCAUCAUUGGAUGGGCCGACUAUCAUGUCGCAACUGCUAUUUUACAGAAGCCCCGCUUCCCGCCUCUAUUACUUCCAGAGACAGCUGGGCCUCAGGACGACCACAGUCUUCGUACAGGGCUUCCACAGUGCUGCCCGUUCAAGGGUUCUGGCGCCCCAAACUUUGAGCAACUUUCAUAUGGGAUUCGAGAUCUAGCCGAGAAGCUGCGAAUCAUUCGCCAAGCGUCUAAGAUCCCCUCGGAAGACAUUUGGUACAGCGACAAAAUAUAUUUUCUCCAGCGCAAUCUUUUCGACCUUGCCCAAAGCGGCUCGGAUGCUACUCCACUUGAUAGAGUCUGCGCAUUAGCGGCCCUUAUAUACUGCGGCCACUGUCUUCGCGAUAUUCCUCUGAGCUACGCUGUUACCGCUAAUGCCGUGACUCGGCUGAAGAAUUCUCUUGAGCUCCUAGAAUUGACCUCCCUCCACGAACAGCAUUUGACUGACAAAUGCUUCUGGAUUCUUGGUUUUGGCGGGGUUGCUGCUGAAGGAAAGCCGGAACAAGAAUGGUUCGCGGUCAAGUUCCGAGCGAUGUCCGAUUAUAUGGGAUUGCCAGAUUGGACUGUUGCUAGAUCAUGUCUCGACAGGAUUCUAUGGCAGGUAGAGCUUGACGCAGCUGGCGAGCGCCUUUGGGAAGCGUCUCCAUAA